CUACACAUUCUCAGUCCCUUUCUGUUCAUCCGGGGCGGCUGGCUCCGCACAUCUUGUUCAACGAGGAGAGAUUUGUCAUCGGAGGAUGGCGUCGAGCGGACUACCAUCAGGAGCCUUCCGCACCACCAUCAAUGGACGGCGAUGUACGGCAGUGCCUAAGGUUGCGGCAGCCUCUCCGAGUUCAAGGAGCAGCGCGAGCGCGAGCAGCGUCACUGCGGUGACCACGGCAGUUAGUUCGUCCAGUACGACAGCGACGACCCCUACGGAUGGACUGGCCGUGGCGCCGGCCGCAGGUACGGAUGGCGACGCGGCGGAACAGAGUUCACCGAGUAAGAUGGGCCCUUCUCUAGUUGCCACAACAAGCAUUGCCACGAGUUCGGCGCGGCGGGUACAGUCUCCGGAGAACCCGUCGGCUUCCGAACCCCCAACACAACCGCCUCCUGCCGCUCUCCCCUCAGACGACACCGCCUCGCGUUUGUCCACUGCUCCCCCUGAUGUGUCACCUUCACCAGCGCCUGCAUCUCAGAGCAGACAAGAUAAUACCAGCGUGGUAGCCUCGAUAACGGACACACCGACGAGCUCGCCGGAGUCCGCAACAACGACCGAGGCUGCUUCCCCUGAGCUGGCCGUAGGCCCAGUUGCCACGCCGUUACUCAGCACUAUAAGGUCACCGCAAACGCAGAGCGACACUCCGGCAGCCGAUGCCACAGGCACGACCUCGACAGAUGUAGCGUCGACGGCGAUCCCAAACUCAAACAAUAAUGCAGUCCAAUCCACCGUGGCAGUGGCUGGUGGCGUCAUUGGCGGUGUCGUGGCAAUUAGCAUUCUCGCCUUCUUCAUCUGGUGGGCGAGGCGCCGGAUGAAGAGGAGGAGAAGGAGCACUCUUUUGACACCCCUCGACGUCGUGCAGCCCUCUGAUCGAGACGAAAAACGCGGCGGCGGCUACGAGAUAUCCCGCGGGAGUAUCGGACCCACACCAGUGGCAGUGAAGGUCAAGGCUUCUCUGGGAUACAACUUCAGAAGGAUCCGAGAUCAUUUCAGGAAUCGAACAGCGCCGUCCGUGAACCUUGACAGGGGCCCCUCGCAGUUUAUUGGCCCGACCACGACGCAAAGCCGCGCCCGUUCGGGCAUCAUUGGCGCCGGGCGGGCAGCCAAGGGCCGCCUCAAGGACUGGUGGGCGAGCCUGCGCACGACGCUCACUCGGCGCGGCGAUGAUGCCCGGGAAAAAAGCGAGGGUUCUCCGCCGAGGAGGAAGGCGUCCAGCUCGCAACCAGACUUCCUGGCUCUCCUCAGCAUGGAUACCGGGGAGCUCGACCGCGAAGCCCGACGACGACAAGCUAGCAUCGCCCACCGCCGCUCCAGCGCCGCUCCAGCCGACAACUUCUCAGGCGGCAUGAGCCUCAACAUCGGCCACGAGAACCCUUUCAGUGACGCCAACGCCAUCGCUCAUACGUCAGCUAAGCCAGCGCCCCUGAACACGGCCGACCCCUUCAGCGACAGCAACGCCAUCCGCGGCCCACCCUCCGCAAUGGCCCCUACCGGCGCCCCUGUGGCUGACAUCCGCCGCUCCCGCAGUAACAGCAGCGCCUACAAUUACAGAGCCAGUCGCGACAGCGCCGGCUCUCUCCGCUCCGUGGCCACCGCCGCAACCGCAAACCAGCGCAACAAAUUCCGGUCCGAUCCGUUUGAUUUGGAACGUCCCGAGUUCCUAGGUGGAGUCAGCAGCAGCAGCAGCAGCAGCAGCAGCAGCAGCACAGCUGACGCAGUCGGAUUCAACACCUUGACAGGGUCUCAAUCGCAGCAACAACAACAGCAACAACAGCAGCAGCAACCCAACCCACUUCCUCCGGCACGAGCACGCACCCGUACCGCAUCCUUCACCUCCCGCUACUCCACGUAUUCCAAGUACUCGUCCGGCGUGAGCGAGCUAGUCGUCGGCCGCGGCCGAGGGCACCAUGGGCUGGGGUGACCCGGGGCCCGACGUCGGCCCGGGGAGUGCUGCGAGGCGGUGGGUAAGCUCUGGCAGCGGUGGUGGUGGCGGCGGCGGCGGCGGUAGUAGUAGUACCGAUAUGGUUAUCAAUGGUAAAGGGGGUGACGGUGCGCCGCUGCCGGACAGGAAUGCGGCCGGAACGCAGGGUUGGAUGGAACGGC